GCGGUCGACUAUGUAAUAUUUGUGAGACGAAGAUUCUAAUAAACACCAGCUGCAGCCGAAGAAGUCAAUAAAUACAUUAUUUCUUCUAAAGGUUAACCGGUAAUACUUAAGAGAGGUGGAGGAUGUCUGUAGCAGCUCUUCGUUUGAUCCACUGUAGAAGAUUGAGCACAGCUGGGCCACCUGGUGUGAAUAAAGUUUUCCUGUGGAAAUAUUUAAAAAAAAUAGCUAAAGUAACUAGCGCAGUUGUCUGUGGGGGUUGCUUGUUUAUCACUUAUGAGGUAUUUGCCUUAAAUAAGUCUGUGACCAUCGACACUAGUGCAAUCCUUCAGGAGAAAUAUAAGUCGUACAUUUAUCUGAGUGCCACACCCUCUUCUGAAAGGGAGAAUCUGACUACAGAGCUCACACAUAUAGCAAGGAGGGAACUUCACAAAGCAAUUAGAAGGUUUUUGGAAAUCUCCUCUAAGCUUUUCCAACAGUCACUAGAUGCUGCCAAGGUGACGACACAAUUUUUCUCGCUACGAGAGCACUUUAGUCAUAUGGAUGCAGACCCACAUGAGGUUGCACUGUGGCUGCUUCUCAAGAGGACACAGUCGCCUAAAAAAGCCGUAAGACUUCAGGCUGUCCAGGAACUUGCAGAAAAUGCCCACUGGCAAGACUACCAGUAUCAGACAGCAGCCCAAGUAAUCGACCAGCGAACAGCAGUGGGCCUGGCCCGAACACCUCAAGUCGACCUGCGAUUCUUCCGACAGCCGCCUGCACUGCCUGAUUUAGGAGAUGGUGUGUCAGCAGAGGAUGGUCUGCGGCAGCUCUUAGCAUCUCUGCCUCUGUCUGAGGUCGACAGAUGUGUGCAGUACUUCACCUCACUGGCACUUAGGGAGAGCAAUCAGUCUAUGGCGGCACAAAGGGGUGGUCUGUGGUGUUUUGGGGGUAAUGGGCUUCCCUACGCCCAGAGCCUCACCUCUGUUCCCUCAGAAAAAGCAGAGUCCUUCUGUCUGCAAGCACUCGUACAGCACUCCAAGGUGCAGAGCCACUGUGACCACAUCGUUGAAAAUGGAGGUCUGCAGAUUCUUCAGAGACUUUAUCAGCUUCGAAGGGAGUCCCUGAAGAUCCAGAGGAACGUUGUGCGUGUAAUAGGAAAUCUGGCACUAAACGAAAGUGUUCACCAGGCCAUAGUCCAGUCUGGUUGGGUGUCUGUCCUGGCCGAGACGAUGAAGUCUCCUCAUGUGAUGCAGUCGUCUCAUGCAGCUCGGGCUCUGGCCAACCUGGACAGGGAGGCAGUGAGGGAGAAAUACCAAGAUGGCGUCUACAUCCUCCACCCACAAACACGUGUUGACCAGCCAAUCAAAGCAGAUGUGCUGUUCAUCCAUGGGAUUCUUGGAGCAGCUUUUAAAACAUGGAGGCAGAGGGACCGCAGCACAUUAGAAGAAGAGAGGGAAGCUGACAGUGAAGAUGACUACACAGAGUGCUGGCCAAAGUCGUGGCUGGCAGCUGACUGUCCAAACCUGAGAGUGCUGUCAGUGGAGUAUGACAGUCAUCUCAGUGACUGGAUGGCUAAUUGUCCUGCUGACAAUCAAAGGAAGUCAUUGGCGUACAGAAGUCGAGAACUGCUAAACAAAUUAAAGCUUGCAGGAGUUGGGGAGAGGCCUGUGGUGUGGGUGGCUCACAGUAUGGGAGGUUUGCUUGUGAAGAAAAUGUUGCUGGAUGCAGCUGAUGACCCAGAUCUGCAAGGAUUGUUGAAGAACACAAAGGGAAUUAUGUUCUAUAGUGUUCCUCACCAUGGCACCUUCAUGGCAGAGUACUCUGUCAAUGUCAGAUAUCUCUUGUUUCCCUCUAUAGAAGUCAGGGAACUCUGUAAAGACUCACCAGAUCUCCGCAGUCUAAAUGAGGGCUUCCUUAAUAUUGCCAAAGAAAAUGAAAUCAAGGUGCUGAGCUUUGCAGAGACCCAGCCUACAAACGUCAGUCCCAUGAUCAAGAUUCUGGUGGUACCAACGCAGUCAGCAGAUCUCGGCCUCGGGGAGCUGAUUAAGGUGGAUGUUGAUCAUCUCAACAUCUGCAAGCCAGAGAAGAAAAACUCGUUUCUGUACAAACGCAGCCUGCAGUUCAUCCAAGAAGCACUGCAGCAUUUCAUCAGCCAAUGACGAAACUUCAGAAGCACAAUAACAAUGAUGCAACCUACUACUUGAAACUGACCAUCACCCUUAAAUCAAAUCUAUAAAGACACAUUUCCAACUUAUCACACAUUAACAUGGACACUAAUCACUAUGUGAGAAGUGAAAUACCAAUUGAAUAAGACAAAUGAAAUUUGUUUUACCCAUUAAUGUCUGUGGAUAUGUGUCAACUGUGAUUCUUAAAAAAAAUGAUUUUUUUCUUUUUUAUUAAUGUAGAGCCUACAUUAAUAAAUACAUUCUAUUGUAGGUAUUUCCUGCAAAUCAGACACAUUUCCUUCAUUUUAAUUUUCACACGUCACCAUUAUCAUGUUUACGAUUAAGCUCAUCCUUGCACAUAGAAUAUAACAAGGUCUUUUUAGUUUGUAAAAUACUCCUCAGUAGUUUGGACCAGAGUGUUAAUGUUGAGCUUUAUUUUUAUAUUUAUAAAUUGUACAGAUUUUUGUGCCAAAAUGUGUUCCUUUCUGAGCCUGUCCUCAGAGGGUUCUGAAUUAAUAGCUCACUUGAUUUAUCUUGGAAGAUUAAUCAAGCGGUUGAAAUGUUUUCACUGGUAUAACUGAUUUUCUGGCCUAAAACUUAAUAUUACUGACAAUAAAUCCAACAAAUGAGUGAAGCUGGUGAA